AGUGACUCGCUUGUGCAUAUAUACACCAGUGCACUGUCCUAGCAAACUCCCCCCCAAAGUGAAUCAACUUUUCCAUCGGCAAGAACGCAGUUGUUAAUAUAAAACUCGCUCUCUUCGAUUUGCAUCUAUCUUCUAUCCAAAGAGCAGCCGGGAUGACGAUCGUGGAGAUGCAUGUGAACAUCGACUGCGACGGCUGCGAGGGCAAGGUCAGGAGGGCCCUCGAAAGGCUUGAAGGAGUGCACAGCGUGAGCAUAGACAGGAUGCACGGCAAGGUGACGGUGAUGGGGUCGGUGAGCCAGAAGAAGGUGCUCCGGGCGGCGCGGCGCACGGGCAGGCUCGCCGUGCUGUGGCCGUCCGCCUACAACAACCCGGCGUACCACCACGCCUACGCGCAGCCACCGCCGGAGCACCACGCCAAGCUGCCCGCGCAGGCGCAGGCGCAGGCGCACCACCACCACUACUACAGCAGCGUCCCGCGCGGCGGCUUCUCGUUCUCGGCGGUGGCCGCCGGCAGGAAGCCGGCGGUGGCGCAGUACCCCCAGGCCAAGGCCAGCUCGUACAACUACCACGUGCACGGCUACUACGACUCCGAGCUCUACGGGAACUACCAUGAGCAGCCGGACGUCGUGCCGGCCGCCGUGAGGAACUACUUCAGCGACGAGAACCCGAGCGCUUGCUCGAUCAUGUGAUCGCUGGGGUGCCUGAAUCUGAUUGAUCGCCGGCCUCUGCUGUAGUGCUGUGUGUGGGUGUGUGCUUUUGUAUGUUCACCACAGAGUCUUUGCAGUACUGUAAAUUUGUCUGGAAAGAAAUGUAUAGUAACGUAAAAUUUUCAGAGGUCA